AGGGAGCGAGCUGCGUCGAGGUCGUGGCGGGGCCGGACGGUGACCUGCUCGGCAUGAACCACAAGAGCAAGAAGCGCAUCCGCGAGGCCAAGCGGAGUGCGCGGCCCGAGCUCAAGGACUCGCUCGACUGGACCCGGCACAACUACUACGAGAGCUUCCCGCUGAGCCCGGCGGCCGUGCCGGAUAACGUGGAGAGGGCUGACGCUUUGAAGCUUUCGGUGGAAGAAUUUGUCGAGCGGUACGAAAGGCCUUACAAGCCCGUGGUUCUGCUCAAUGCCCAAGAGGGCUGGUCCGCGCAGGAGAAAUGGACUCUGGAGCGCCUCAAAAGGAAAUACCGGAACCAGAAGUUCAAGUGUGGUGAGGAUAACGACGGCUACUCGGUGAAGAUGAAGAUGAAAUACUACAUCGAGUACAUGGAGAGCACCCGUGAUGACAGCCCCCUUUACAUCUUUGACAGCAGCUAUGGUGAACACCCCAAAAGAAGGAAACUUUUGGAGGACUACAAGGUGCCCAAGUUUUUCACGGAUGAUCUUUUCCAGUACGCGGGGGAGAAGCGCAGGCCCCCUUACAGGUGGUUUGUGAUGGGGCCACCACGGUCUGGAACUGGGAUUCACAUUGACCCUCUGGGAACCAGUGCCUGGAAUGCCUUAGUUCAGGGCCACAAGCGUUGGUGUCUGUUCCCCACGAGCACUCCCCGAGAACUCAUCAAGGUGACCCGAGAAGAAGGGGGAAACCAACAAGAUGAAGCCAUUACCUGGUUCAAUGUUAUUUAUCCACGGACACAGCUUCCAACCUGGCCACCUGAGUUCAAACCCUUGGAGAUAUUACAGAAACCAGGAGAGACUGUCUUUGUACCAGGGGGCUGGUGGCAUGUCGUUCUCAAUCUUGACACCACCAUUGCCAUCACCCAGAACUUUGCCAGCAGUACCAACUUCCCUGUUGUGUGGCACAAGACGGUAAGAGGGAGGCCAAAGUUGUCAAGGAAAUGGUACAGGAUCUUGAAGCAGGAGCACCCUGAGCUGGCAGUCUUGGCCGACGCGGUUGACCUCCAAGAGUCUACAGGCAUCGCCUCUGACAGCUCGAGCGACUCCUCCAGCUCUUCCAGCUCCAGCUCCUCUGAUACAGACUCGGAGUGUGAAUCUGGGUCUGAAGGUGACACAGCACACCGCCGGAAGAAGAGGAGGAUGUGCGGCACGGUGGGGAAUGGGGACACUACCUCACAGGACGACUGCGUGAGCAAAGAGCGCAGCUCCUCCAGGUGACCACGCGUGGCAGCGGCGCCUGUGCGAGGAUGGCCCGCAGCCAUGGGCAAGGCCCGAGCCUGGGGACGGCAGCCCAUGGGAACCUGCAGAACCAGGGAGGGCUGGCACCGGAGGACGAGGACACCAGAGUGGGAUUGGUAGCGUUUGGUACGGUGGCCUUCUCUCCAUGGUCAUGUCUUAUCAUAGGGCAAAGGUGUGCGGUGGUGCCAAGAGCG